CGUCACCACCAAUUUUGUUUACUCUUUUUAGUUCUUGUGUUGUGGCAGCCCUUUAAGAUUUGUCAUUGGCCUGUGCUGUUAGUUCCUCUCUGCCCUUCACAACCUACCUAGCUAGCUAGCUCAUAUGUUAUGCAAACCUUGCAGAUUAAUUGAUACAGAGAAUUGAAAGAGACCCUUCUGAGAGAAAAGAAAAAAAAAAGUUGCCUUUCUUGUUUACUCGUUGUUUGUUGGUUGGGUCUCGUUCAGUUUCGGGUAGAGGUGGCACAGCAGAAACAAUUUCCUUGCGCCUCUCCCUCUGCCAUUUUUCCGCCACCUUCUAUCCCUCUCUGACUCAAAAACCUUUCCCACCAAUUCAGCUCAACCGACAAUGAGACCUUGUUCAUGAUAUAUACCAUAUAUUGUUUGCCAGAAACCAAAGAGAAGCAUUAGGGUUUUAUUUUAUUAUAUUGCUUUUUUCCUUCCUGUUUAACCCUACUUGUCUUCCCUUUUGUUAUUCCGUUUCCAGCUUUGAUCCUCAGACGUUGCCGCUUUCUGUUCCUUGUUUAUGCUUUUUCCUCGGGAUCUGAUCCCACAAGUAAAACAUACACAGCACAGGUUGUGACUUGUGAGAGAACAAAAAGUAAAAAUAAAAAGUUGACAGUUUCUAUUCCCGAGGACUUGUGUUUGUUACUGUUUGAACCUUUUUUUAGUACUUUUAUUGUCGUUGAAAAUCUUUGUCUGGUUUAGGAGCUUCCACUAUAUAUGUUGGAGUUAAUUAGUUGAGGCAUAUUCCACCACUUUCAUCUCAGUUUAUAUAAACACCAACUCAUUUUUGGACGAAAAUCGAUUUGUGACUGCACCACCGUACCCAGAUCUGUGAAGACGGCUAUUGCUAGUUAGCUUAAUCUGACUGAUUACAAGAGUGGGAGAACAUGAAUACUUUUACUCAUGUCCCCCCCGGUUUCAGGUUCCAUCCUACGGAUGAAGAACUUGUUGAUUACUACCUUAGGAAGAAAAUUGCUUCAAGGAGGAUUGAUCUAGAUGUGAUAAAAGAUGUUGACCUCUACAAAAUUGAGCCAUGGGAUCUUCAAGAGAUUUGCAGAAUAGGAGCAGAAGAGCAAAAUGAAUGGUACUUCUUUAGCCAUAAAGAUAAGAAGUAUCCAACUGGAACUCGCACAAAUAGAGCAACUGCAGCAGGGUUUUGGAAAGCAACAGGAAGAGACAAGGCAAUCUAUUCCAAGCACGAGCUGAUAGGCAUGAGGAAAACCUUAGUCUUUUAUAAAGGUCGAGCUCCAAAUGGACAAAAGUCAGAUUGGAUAAUGCACGAGUAUCGGCUUGAAACAGAUGAAAAUGGCACUCCACAGGAAGAAGGAUGGGUUGUGUGUAGAGUAUUCAAGAAGAGAGUAACAACCAUGCGUAAAGUGAGUGAGCAUGACUCCUCCUGUUGGUAUGAUGAGCAAGUCUCUUUCAUGCAAGACUUGGACUCACCAAAGCAAACUUGUCAAUCUAAUUUGGUCUACCAGCAGCUACCAUAUCCUUGCAAGAAAGAGCUAGAUUUGCCGCCAUACCAAUUGCCUCGUGACCACUUCCUCCAGCUUCCACUUCUAGAGAGCCCAAAACUGCUUCAAUCUGCUUCUGCCAUAGCACCUAUUAAUAAUCCCAUGGAAGGAUAUGUUCUAGACCAUGUAAACCACUCAACUUCUCUGCUUCCCCCAUCACUCAUACAACAAGAACAUGUUGGUCAGCAAAACUUUCAGGCAACCUAUGGCAACAUUAACAAUUCCAAUGAACAAGCAGUGGAUCCAGUGACUGAUUGGCGAGUGCUUGACAAGUUUGUUGCUUCACAACUUAGUCAAGAUGCUUCCAAAGAAAAUAUCUUUCAAGGCACGGACAAUAGCAGUGUACAGUUCAGACAUUUGGACAAACAAAAGCUAGUGGUGCCUGAACAAAAUGCAUCAACAUCAAACUCCAGCUGCCCAAUUGAUUUGUGGAAAUAGUGUGGCUGCAUUAUAAAUUGGUUUUGGGUACAUACUAAUUAUAGGGUACUUAAUUAGCUUAAAACAUCACUUGCAAGUACUGUCUAAGUGCCUGUACAUAAUAAACGUGCGUAAUGAGCAAAACUUUAAAUAUUGUGGAGCUUCUCGUUCCACUACUUCUAUCUAAGCUUCUAGCAUAUUCAAUUAAGAAAAAUUAAUGGAAGGAUCAAAUAGUCCGUAAAAAGUCAUCUGUAUUUCCCUGAAGAUGGACAGCUUUGCAGGGUUAUAUAAAAGUUGCAUUAUAUAUUGGCUUCGCAUGCAUGAUGAGUUUUAAGCCAAGGUCCAACAGCCACAUCCGAUGUUUUCAUUGGAUUAUGACCGGGUGGUCGAUAUAUAUAUAUGGCAUAUCUAUAUCUAUGUUGUUACCAUUAAAUGAAAUAGUUACAGAAUAAAUUGUUACAGAAUAAAUUGUUCUUUUCUCUUUUUUUAA